AUGCGGCGCCUGGAGCGUGUCCCUGUCCCUGGCGAGGCUUUGGCAGCCUUGGGCCUCGCUCUCGAGGAUUUGUUCUUUCCCGCUCCAACUCUUUCCCGACCCAACCACUCUGGGAUUCGCUCCACGAUGCAGAAGUACGAGAUUCUGGAUUAUGUUCCAUGGCAGCGGUCCAAGCAGAAAACCAAGCCAUCUACUCUGCCUCCAGUCCUUCAAACCACGGGCCGUAAGAAAAGCAAAAUGAAGACUUUGACUAGCGUCCAGCCAGGGUUGCAUUCCAAGCCCACCAUGGCAAUGACAAGCCAGCUGAGGAAUCCACCAGAACUGCGAGGAGGGAAUUUGGACUCUGGGAAGCUACAGGCCAACAUCCGGCUAAUGAGGAAGAUGCUUAGGAACUCGCAAACCUCACUCCAGGAGCGCCGCAAGCACGAGGACUUCCUCACCAAGCUCAAUGGGGAGCUGAUCAAGACCAUCCAGGACAUGGAGGACAGCUGUGCCGAGAGACUGCGCGCGAUGCUGCAGCAGCAGGACAUCCUCGCGACCGUCGUUGACAUCUUGGACAGCUUCAACAAGAAGAGUCUGCAGCAGAUGAAGCGUGAGCUUCAGGAGUGGCAGGAGAAGGAGGAAUCCAAGAUGAGCUACCUGGAGCAGCAGGUGGAGCAGCUGAAUGGCAAGAUCGAGAAGACCCAGGAGGAGGUGAGCUUCCUGAGCACUUACAUGGACCAUGAAUAUCCCGUCAAGUCGGUCCAGAUUGCCAACCUUGUGCGCCAGCUGCAGCAGAUGAAGGACAGCCAGCAGGAUGAGUUGGAUGACCUUGAUGAGAUGCGCAAAGUGGUCCUGGAGUCUUUGUCCCAGCAGAUUCAGAAGAAGAAAAAAGACCUUCUGAGGGCUCUGGUGGUGAAAACCCAGUAUCCCUAUCAGGAGGCUCUCCUGCAGAAGAUUUGGGAUAGCCAGAACAUGCUGAAAUGCGUGGGCAAGUUCAGAGAAUGUAUCAGCCAGCUUGAGGAGGAAAUACCCACAUUAAGGGCCGAGGUGGAACAGCUCCGAGCCCAGAUCCAGGAACCUCGAGAGAUCAUAUUUGCAGACGUUCUGCUUCGGAGACCCAAGUGCACCCCAGACAUGGAUGUCAUCCUCAAUAUCCCUGUGGAAGAGGUGCUACCCUUCUAGAUGGCGGGGCCGUGGGCUGCCCCUCUGUCCCUGCACUCUCUUCCCCACACCUGGAGCCUUGAGUCAUCUCCUUCCAAGACUACGUCCCCAUUCAGACCCUGGUCUGCAGUUCUUCCCUCCCUCUGUCCCUUCUCUCCCUCCAUCCCUCCUUUCUUCCCUCCCUUCCUCCCUCCCUUUUUCCCUUCCUUUCUCCCUUCUUCUGGUUGGUGCUGCUGCUUGGGCCAGGUGGGAAUUCCCAAAGGAAAGUCUGCCUGUUCCAUUUUACCAAUAAAGCUGGAUUU